AUGAUGUUGCCUUCUUGUGUCUCUUUCAUGUCAUGUCCCUACAAAAAUGAGACCGAAGAGCAUCAGGUUCUCCUACAGAAGGUUCACCAUCCUGAAAAUUCAAUUGUUGGAGUUCUUCAACCAAUGCGUCUGACCGAUCAACCACAUCUUCGUCCAGUGUUUGAGCAUUGUCCAGCGUCUCAUCAAACUCAACUUCUAUGUCUAGACGCAUUGGUUGAGUUUCAGGGCCAGAAAGUUGAGUUUGAUGUGGAUGAUCUAGACAGAGAAGUUGAGUUUGAUGAGAUGCUGGACAAGGCUCAAACGCUGGACGAAGAUGUGGGUGAUCGGUCAGACGCAUUGGUUGAGUUUCAGGGCCAGAAAGUUGAGUUUGAUGUGGAUGAUCUAGACAGAGAAGUUGAGUUUGAUGAGAUGCUGGACAAGGCUCAAACGCUGGACGAAGAUGUGGGUGAUCGGUCAGACGCAUUGGUUGAGUUUCAGGGCCAGAAAGUUGAGUUUGAUGUGGAUGAUCUAGACAGAGAAGUUGAGUUUGAUGAGAUGCUGGACAAGGCUCAAACGCUGGACGAAGAUGUGGGUGAUCGGUCAGACGCAUUGGUUGAAGAACUCCAACAAUUGAAUUUUCAGGAUGGUGAACCUUCUGUAGGAGAACCUUCUGUGGGAGAAAUUAACACUUCCAGCACUGGACCACCCUAUAAAACGCGAUCUGGACGCGUGUCUAAACUUGUAGAUAAAUUCUCUCCUAGUAGCCGUAAGACAAAGUCUCGAAAGCUCUGA